AUGUCGGUUUCGAACGUUCUAAAGUGUGUUAUUUUCAUAUUAUCAGCCCGGUCUGCUGCAACGUUGAUUUGUUAUCAUUGUAAUAUUACACAACCGUCUGCUAUUACACCGGAAAAUAUACCAACACUCAGUAAUUGCACAAAACGGAGUGUACAACACAGAUAUUGCGUUCUUGGAAUUGGAUUUGAAGCUGGGAAAGGCUAUAUUACUGCUAAUACAGAAGACGAAUACGGUUAUGAUGAAGAUUUUGUUUUAGGUGGUUUUUCCAUACAACAGACUGAACUUACAAGUUUAUCCUAUUUUGUUGUGUAUCAUUGUGCAACAGAUAAUUGUAAUGAACCUGAUUCUGAUAAAAUGAAAUUAUUACUUCGAUCAAUUACAAUUGAACCACAUUUAGAGUUAAUUAUGCCUAAAUUGUAUACGGAUGAACCUGAUUUACCAUUAGUAUGUUCAAAAUAUACAAAUUUCACAGAGUCUGGCUUAUGUUAUACAAACGAAGAAACUAAUUAUUGUUCACAAUGUAUGAUGUUUGUUGAUGGAACAACAAAUCGAGUUUGUGCAUAUUGUGAAAAAUUCAAACCAAAUUCAUCAUCAAAUACUGAUAUUUUUCUUGAUGACAGAGCGCAUUUAUUGAAAACAAGACAGACACAUAUUCAUCAUUUCAAAAUCUACUGCAAUAUACUUGAAUGUAAUAGCGUGGAUAAAAUUGAACAAUUUAAAAAGCUAUAUAAUAUUAAGUUUGAUUAUGAUAAAUUUUUGGGCACAAAUAACGGAUUACAAACAUCAUGCAUUUCGAAACUAUAUUUUUAUUUAAUGUGCUUUGUUGCAAUUAUGUUGCUUAGAUAG